CCGGCCACUUCCAGUCACGUGACUGAUGCCUGGGAAAGGCGCAUGCGCUCUCACUCCAGACCCGGCGUUCGUAGAAGAGCAGCAUCUGUACCAGGUGAAAACGGUUAAGGAACAAUCUGAAAUUGAAUUCAGGAAGAAUAUAGAGGUGGUAAUAAUAGGUAAAAGAAUGUCCAGCAAGGAAGUGAAGACUGCUCUAAAAAGUGCUAGAGAUGCAAUCAGGAACAAAGAAUAUAAAGAAGCUUUGAAACAUUGUAAGACAGUGUUAAAACAGGAGAAAAAUAACUAUAAUGCCUGGGUUUUUAUUGGUGUUGCUGCAGCUGAACUAGAACAACCUGAUCAGGCCCAGGGUGCCUAUAAAAAAGCUGCUGAAUUAGAGCCAGACCAAUUACUAGCUUGGCAGGGGUUGGCAAACUUGUAUGAGAAAUGUAAUCACAUAAAUGCUAAGGAUGACUUACUUGGUGUUUACCAAAAGCUCCUGGAUCUUUAUGAAAGUGUUGACAAACAGAAGUGGUGUGAUGUCUGCAAGAAACUAGUGGAUCUAUAUUACCAAGAAAAGAAACACCUAGAGGUGGCACGAACAUGGCACAAGUUGAUAAAGACGCGGCAGGAAGAAGGCGCAGACAACCAAGAACUUCAUCAACUAUGGAGAAAGCUGACGCAGUUCCUGGCUGAAAGUACAGAGGACCAGAAUAAUGAAACCCAGCAAUUGCUUUUAACUGCUUUUGAGAAUGCACUGGGAUUAUCAGAUAAGAUUCCUAGUGAAGAUCACCAAAUACUUUAUAGGCAUUUCAUUCAGAGUUUAUCCAAAUUUCCUCAUGAGACUGCUAGAUUGAAGAAGGCCUGUGAAGGAAUGAUAAGCAUCUAUCCUACUGUACAGUAUCCAUUAGAAGUGCUUUGUUUGCAUUUAAUUGAAUCAGGAAAUCUUACUGAUGAGGGACAGCAGUAUUGUUGUAGAUUAGUAGAAAUGGAUUCAAAAAGUGGUCCAGGCCUCAUUGGCUUAGGCAUUAAAGCAUUACAAGACAAAAAGUAUGAAGAUGCUGUUAGGAACCUAACAGAAGGAUUAAAGGAAAGCCCUCUCUGCACAACUGGAUGGUUUCAUCUGGCAGAAGCCCAAGUCAAAAUACAUAGACCUAAAGAAGCUAUUCUUUCAUGCAGUCAAGCUCUGAAGGUCAUAGAUAAUCAUGGUGCGUCUGGUGGCAGUCUUUACCAGAGGAAUCUUUGUCUUCGUUUGAAAGCAGAGGCUUUGAUUAAACUUUCAGAUUAUGAAUCUUCAGAGGAAGCAAUUUGUACUCUCGAUCAGGUUUCCGAUGCAGAUAAUAUCCCAGGACUUUUGGUUCUCAAAAGCUUAGCCUAUCGGAACAAAGGUUCAUUAGAUGAAGCUGCAAAGAUUAUGGAAGACCUUCUUUCUUCUUACCCUGACCUAGCUGAAGUUCAUGCCCUUGAGGCUUUGAUUCAUUUCACCAAAAAGGACUAUCUACAAGCAGAAAAAUGUUUUCAGAGAGCUCUUGAGAAAGAUACUGAAGUUGCGGAAUAUCAUUACCAACUGGGAUUAACAUAUUGGUUCAUGGGCGAAGAGACAAGAAAAGAUAAAACAAAGGCUCUUACCCACUUUCUGAAGGCUGCAAGACUGGAUACAUAUAUGGGCAAAGUUUUCUGCUAUUUAGGUCAUUAUUACAGAGAUGUAGUGGGAGAUAAAAACAGAGCUCGUGGAUGUUAUAGGAAAGCCUUUGAAUUAGAUGACACUGAUGCUGAAUCUGGAGCUGCAGCGGUUGACCUAAGUGUGGAGCUUGAAGAUAUGGAAACUGCUUUAGCUAUCCUAACAACAGUAACUCAAAAGGCAAGUGCUGGAACGGCAAAAUGGGCCUGGCUUAGGCGAGGACUGUACUAUUUGAAAGCUGGUCAGCAUUCUCAAGCAGUGGCUGAUUUACAGGCAGCAUUAAGAGCAGACCCGAAGGACUUCAAUUGUUGGGAAUCAUUAGGAGAGGCAUACUUAAGCAGAGGAGGCUACACAACAGCCUUGAAAUCCUUCACGAAAGCCAGUGAGCUGAACCCAGAAUCGACAUACAGUGUGUUUAAGGUUGCAGCAAUACAGCAAAUCCUAGGCAAAUAUAAGGAGGCUGUAGCUCAGUACCAGGUGAUCAUUAAAAAGACAGAAGAUUAUGUCCCUGCUUUAAAAGGUUUGGGUGAAUGCCAUCUUCUGAUGGCAAAAGCAGCUCUAGUUGAUUAUCUUGAUGGAAAAGCCGUAGACUACAUAGAAAAAGCACUGGAAUAUUUUACUUGUGCUCUACAGCAUCGAGCGGAUGUGUCCUGCCUCUGGAAGCUAGCUGGGGAUGCUUGCACCUGUCUUUAUGCUGUCUCACCAUCUAAAGUGAAUGUUAAUGUUUUAAGAGUCCUUCUAGGUCAGAAAGAAGGAAAACAAGUAUUAAAGAAAAAUGAGCUCCUCCACCUUGGUGGAAGGUGCUAUGGCCGUGCAUUAAAACUGAUGUCUACAUCUAAUACGUGGUGUGAUCUUGGAAUUAAUUAUUAUCGCCAAGCACAGCAUCUAGCAGAAACAGGCAGCAAUAUGAAUGAUCUUAAGGAGUUGCUGGAGAAAUCUUUAAAUUGUCUGAAAAAAGCAGUGAGACUCGACAGUAAUAAUCACUUAUACUGGAAUGCUCUUGGUGUGGUUGCAUGUUACAGUGGUAUUGGAAAUUAUGCCCUUGCUCAGCACUGUUUCAUCAAAUCAAUCCAGUCAGAACAAAUUAAUGCUGUUGCAUGGACCAACUUGGGAGUGUUAUACUUCACAAAUGAAAAUAUUGAGCAAGCUCAUGAAGCUUUCAAAAUGGCCCAAUCCCUUGAUCCAUCUUAUUUAAUGUGCUGGAUUGGACAAGCUCUUAUUGCUGAGACAGUUGGAAGUUAUGACACCAUGGAUCUCUUCAGGCACACUACAGAACUCAAUAUGCAUACCGAAGGAGCAUUAGGUUAUGCAUAUUGGGUCUGCACAACAUUGCAAGAUAAAAGCAACAGAAAAACAGAGCUGUAUCAGUACAACAUCCUCCAGAUGAAUGCUAUUCCAGCAGCACAAGUUGUUUUGAAUAAAUACGUAGAAAGAAUUCAGAAUUAUGCUCCAGCUUUCACAAUGUUGGGUUACUUAAAUGAACAUCUGCAACUGAAAAAGGAAGCAGCAAAUGCAUACCAAAGGGCAAUUUUGUUGUCACAGACUGCAGAAGACCAAAAUACUUAUAAUGUUGCAGUAAGAAAUUACGGCAGAUUAUUAUGUUCCAUUGGUGAAUAUGAUAAAGCUAUCCAGGCUUUUAAGUCGACACCCCUUGAAGAGUUAGAAGACAUCACAGGGUUUGCAUUGGCUUUAUUCAUGAAGGGGCUUUAUAAAGAAAGCAGCAAAGCCUAUGAGAGAGCCUUGUCUAUCGUUGAAUUGGAGCAAGACAAAGCCCAUAUCUUGACAGCUCUGGCAAUAACUGAAUAUAAACAAGGAAAAAUGGAUGUAGCCAAGACAUUGCUAUUUAAAUGCUCUAUCUUAAAGGAACCAACCACAGAAAGCCUUCAAACCCUUUGUGCUCUAGGGUUGACAAUGCAGGAUGCUACACUGUCAAAAGCAGCACUUAAUGAGUUAUUGAAGCACAUCAAACACAAAGACAGUAAUUAUCAGAGAUGCCUUCUUACAUCAGCCAUCUAUGCGCUCCAAGGCCGCAGUGUGGCAGUGCAAAGACAAGCAUCUAAAGCUGUUCACAGUAACCCUGGUGACCCCGCUCUUUGGUCUCUGUUGUCUCGAGUUGUUGCACAGUAUGCUCAACGAAAUGCAAAGGGAGGUGUUGCAGCAGGAAAUGUGGCUCAUAUUCUGGACUCAAAUCACGGAAAGAAGGCGUUACUGUACACUACAGUAAAUCAGUUGGCUAUGGGAAGCAGUUCAGCAGAAGAUGAAAAAAAUAUUGCACUAAAGACCAUUCAGAAGGCAGCUCUCCUUUCUCCAGGUGACCCUGCUGUCUGGGCUGGGCUAAUGGCAGCCUGUCAUGCUGAUGAUAAACUGGCCCUAGUGAACAACACUCAGCCAAAGAGGAUGGAUUUAUACUUGGCACUGUUAUCUGCUGUUACUGCUGCAAUUAAAGACAAAAAAUUCUUUGAAAAUUACAACCAGUCUCUUGAAAAGUGGUCUCUCUCACAAGCUGUCACUAGUCUAAUAGACACAGGAAGAAUAUCUGAAGCUGAAACUGUCUGCACAAAGUUUUUAAAAAGUAACCCUGAUCAGCCAGCCGUUAUCUUACUUUUGAGACAAGUUCAGUGUAAACCACUCCUGGAGUCACAAAAGCCACUCCCAGAUGCUGUACUUGAAGAACUACAAAAAAUAGUCAUGUCCAACUCAACCUCUGUUCCAGCUUGGCAGUGGCUGGCACAUGUGUAUCAGUCCCAAGGAAUGAUGAGUGCUGCAGAGAUGUGUUACAGAAAGAGUCUACAAGUGGCAUCCCAACAGGGCAGUUGGAGUGGGAAGCUCUCAAGUCUGUUGAGACUAGCACUGCUUGCAUUAAAAGUCUGUAUGGCUAACAUUUCCAAUGAUCACUGGCCAUCUUUGGUUCAAGAAGCUACAACUGAGGCCUUGAAACUUUGCUUUUGUCCACUGGCUGUUCUUUUACAAGCUUUGUUACAAUUCAACCGCAAAAUGGGGGCAAGAGAGACUCGGCGUCUUUUGGAGAGAGUGGUAUAUCAGCCUGGCUAUCCCAAAUCUAUUGUAUCAACUGCACGUUGGUACCUACUGAGACACUUAUAUGCCAAAGAUGACUAUGAGCUUAUUGAUGUGCUGGUAAACAAUGCCAAAACCCAUGGAGAUGCAAGAGCAUUGGAACUGAAUCAGAGAUUGUCCUCACAAUAACAAUGUAUUAUUUUAUAGUAAGAAAGCGGAAAAAAAAGCUGUAAGAAUGAAGCAAUGAAUCAAGACUUUUUUCUGAAGCAACAUUUUUUUAAACUAUAUGUAUUCCUUUUCUAAAGGAAUCUAAAGAAGUUGAAGUUUUUAAGUUAGGGAUGCAAUUUUUCAUUAACUCUAAACCUGAUUUUAAUCUAAAAAAAAAAUUAAUUUGGAAAGAACGGAACAAAAGGAAAACCAUUCUCUUGAUUGCCUAAACAUCAUUUUUAAACCAUUAUUUUCUGCAUCUUGCAUGGUGCACAAUAGAAUAUAUCUUACUGUAAUCACUUACAAUAAAGCCUUAAUAGCCAUUUUCUAAGUAAUAUGCAAAAGCAGAUUAGCACAGUGCACAAUUUUCUUUUAUUGAAAAUCAAAUUCAAAGAUUUAAUUUCUGCUAUGAAUUCUAGAGUUCAAACCAACUCAUCAUAAAAUCCAAAUAAUUUUGUAACUUAUUUAUCUAGUGAUUCAUCUCAGAUUCUGUUGAAGAAAUAUAAUAUAAAUGUUGAUGAGUCUAGACUCUAAUGGAUAUGUUUAUAUAAUUCUGAACACUCAGGUGUGUGAAUGCAUUUAAAAACAUUAAUGAAAAAUAAUGCUGACAAUAUUUAAUUGAUCAUACAAUUCCUUCAAUUAUGAUGGAAAGACUUGAACUUUCUGAAAUAAAACCAAAAUACAGUGUCUUA